CUAUUAGUUCUGUCUGAGGGGAAAGGUCACCAUUCAAGACAAGGAACAGAGCUGUAUAAACAGCACACGUGGAAGCGAGAGUUUUCAAUAUGGCUGCAAUUUACUCUGGCAUUCAUCUGAAGCUGAAAGGUUCAAGAACACAAUGGGAGGACAAACUCAAACUGGCUCGCUUCGCUUGGAUCUCCCAUCAGUGCUUCCUGCCCAAUAAGGAACAAGUACUACUGGACUGGGUCAGCCAUUCCCUGAUUGGCUAUUACAAUAAGAAGUUUGAACUGAGUCAGAGUGUUUUGGGGGAACUGUGGGCCUACCUGGAUGAUAUUCUGCACAGCAAGAAGCUACAGAAUCUUACCAAGGAAAGGAAAAACAUUAGCCUUCGCUUUGCAGUUGCACAGGUUAUAAAUGAACAAAUCUUAGAAUCGGUGUCACCAGAAGCCCCUGUAAAACUCUCCACGUUGUUAAGUUGCUGCCAAGGAAUUCUUUCCUCUUCUAUGCUUUCAGUUAUUUACACCACAAAGAAUGAGCUGAUGGUUGAUCUUCUGAACAAGCUUUCCCUACUGGCUUGUUCUGAGCUGAAAUCGCAAGUUGCAGUGUUGAGGCCCCAGUUGUUUGAAGUCCUACUCUUGACCUUGGACCACUACAUGCUGGUGCAGAGACAACAGACCAACCCAAACCGAAUUUUCAGACAGGUCACUGCACAACUGUUUCAGCCCUGUCUUUUGCUGAGACACCUUUUGACAACAAGAGCCUGGGCUGCAGAAGAUAACAGCACAGUCAGACAUCACCUCAGCAAAGAGAUCCGGAACAAAAUAGAUGUAUUGCUCCAUACUGGAAUCUUCCUGCCUGAUCACUUUUCAUCUUACAAACAGGAACUACUCCCAGCAAAAGAGGCUACUGGGGUGAAGAGAGGUCCAGUCACAAAGGCUCUGCUGACUCCAGUCCAUGUAAUACUGACCAAACUUUCAGAUACUGAAUUUUAUGACCCAUCACUUCAUUUUGCUGUCAAGGCCAAUUCCCUUCCUUUGCUUUACAAGAUUUCCCUGGAUUCCUACUGCAAAGGUGGAGCAAAUCAGCUUGUUGGUUUUUACAUGUUUUCCAGAUUUGUUACAUGUUUAGGCCUUUCUCAGGAGAAGGACAGUGUGGAAAUAUUUAACAAGUCUGACUGGAGUCUUGCUCUCCUUGCACUGGAGAACCUCCUAAUUUCUACUUUGAGCAGUGACAUAUACAAUGUAGCUGUGGACAGACUACAAGAUGGAGAAGCUCAAUUUCACUUUUACCGAGAUGUGGCCCAGCUGUUACUAAACCACCCGCAGCAGUCCAUACCAGCAUGGUAUAGAUGCCUGAAGGGGCUCAUUUCACUAAGUCAUUUAAUAGUUGAACCCAAUCUGGACAAACUUGUGUCCUCUGCCUGGGUAGAUGCUGACUGCAAAGAUGCUCGUGUGCAAAAAUCUCAAGACGCUCUGCUCAGUACUUUGCUUCAGACAUACACCAAGUUGAGGCAACUUCCGAGGCUCUUUGAAGAGCUUCUUUCUGUAAUUUGCAGACCAGCGGCUGAUGAGUUGAGGCAGCCUGUGUUGUCAGCUGGUCUCCUGAGGAAACUUUGUGAAUGUCUUCUUGAACUACCACCCAACCAAGUUCUGGAAAUCUGCAACAUGAUAAUAGAGAAGUGCCAGAGCUAUUUGAUCCCUGAUGUAGAUGGGAAAAAUAACAUUGCAUUGAAAUUGCUGUCGCUGAGCAUUCUAUUGCACUCUGUUAUGUUCAACAUGAAGAGCCUGGACAACACAACGCCAGUUCCAAUUGUCCAUCGUUCCCAGCGUCUCAUGGGUGGAAUGCUUGAUGAGAUCUUAAAGCCUCUGCUGUUGCUUCUCCUCAAAGGUCACUCUCUGGAAGCUUUUUGGCUGCAUAAAGUAUGUGAAGCAACUCUACUCUUCUGUUACACAUGGGUGGAAAUGAAUACAAUCUUUCAGAUUCACUGUAGCAAGUACAUUUCCCCAGUUGGCCCAGUGGAGGAGUGGGAUUGCAGGAUUCUCUUUCCCGGAAUGAGUCUAGAGGAUUGUUGUAGGAUAUCAAAUAUUACCAGUAUGUGCGGCUCAAUGAGUCAGUUGCUACUGGAACUUUUAUCUCUCCAGAAAAUGAAAAAGAUUCUUGUGCAGACGGAUUUCUCAAAAGAUGCUAAUAUUGAAGCCAGCCUACGAAAGGCAGCCAGUUAUAUUGUACAAUCUGGGAGAGGUUCUUUAUGCCAAGCAAACACUGAACUCUGGAAUAGGCAAAUAAGCAGAGUCAAUGACAGUACUUACCCUGUUGCUCACUGGUUUCUGGUAACUUCCAACCUUGCUGUGAUGAUGCCGUUUCUUUCUGAAGAGGAUCUUUCCUACAUAGCAGAUUUGGUACUGAGCACUGUGCUUCUCCAGGAUGUUUCAAUAGGGCUAGAUGACCAAGAAACAUGCCUUUCAGUCUCUACCAUUUCCAGGCAUUUGCUCAACAGUGUGCUUCUCCCAGAAAUGCCAACCUUGCAUUCUGCAUUCAUUCAGUGUUUGUUGAAGAGGUUCAUCAGUUUUCUCUGUACUUGUGAGGAAGGUGUGACAAGCCAGGUGCUCCAGUAUUUGGAGGAGAAUGAUGCCAUCUGGGAAGGAGACCAGAAAAAAAACUGCAUGUCAGAGACCAUCUGUAAAACAGAGGACGCCUCUCCAUCUUGGAAGAGAAUGGAAACUGCUGCCCAGGUGAUAUUGACUUCAGCCAAGGUUUGUUCCCAAAUGACAAUAUCAGGGAGUCAGUUUGAAAGCCUUAUGGAUUUAUUAAGCGUUAUGGGGGCUCUGAAACCUGAUGGUAUGGCCCCUGCAGACCAGUCUCGCUGUUUUCUUCUCUUGCUCUUUAUUGCUACAAACCUGAAGCCUAGCUUUGACUGUGAGGCUGUGAAAACCAUAGAGCAGUUGAAUGAAACCUAUCUUCUCCUCACCUCCCUUCAAUCUGGGAGGAAUUUUGGGUCUGUCCUGAAGGUCCUGCAUGCUAGUGACAUCCUGGAGGCAGUAAUGGCCUCUCUCUUUUCACUCUGCAGCAAGGGUCUCUCCAGCAAUAUUGAGAAUCCAGCCUGGCUACAUUUCAUUCAGACAGUGCAGAACUUUCUAAAGGGCUUAAUGCAGGUGAUAAUUGAGAGGAAAAAUAGCACCCGUCUCAACUUAGAGAAAUUCACAUCCUUUCUGUUGAAAUGUGAUGUGUCAAGAGAAAUGAAGUCAGGCCAACCACUGGAGACUUGGAGCCCAGGUGCUGGUCAGCUCCUGGUGACUGCCCUGACUACAUUGUGCCAGGUGAUUAUUUCCUGUCUAGACCAGUACAAGAAAAAUAAACAAAUGGUUGAAACUCUGACCCAUCUUCUUGAAGAGGUUGCUAUCAUAUUGGGACCUGUCCUUCAAUCUUACAUGAAGAGCAAGUACUGCAGCAGGCUGGGUCAGGCGUUCUUUGUUAACUCUGUGACGGUACUCUUAGAAGCAGAGCUGACCCGAAGGUCACACAGAACUACUGAAGGAGACGAUGCGCCAAAGGAGCAGCUUCGGUAUGCUGCCCUCUACAAGUGCUUCAGUCAACAGCUAAUGAAAGAACUCUCCUCCUCAGAGCGACCUCUGGAGUUCCUCAUGUCUGCACUCUGUUUCAUGAAAGUCUUUUGUUCAUCUGCAGUGAAAACUAGGGAUAGGGGACUGGACAAAAUCAUCAUAUCAACUGUGCUAAGCCUGAGAAAGCUACUGUCAGCUCCCUGGAUAUCUGCUAAUGAUAUCUGCAGUCUGGAAACCUAUUUGAAGAACUUAAUAGCUCAGCUGACAGCAAGCUGUACCACAGAACAGUUUUACAUCAUCAUGAAGCUGAUCGCUGAGGGCCUUGAAACCACUAACAUUUGGAAAGGCAACCACAGGGAUGUUGUGUCAGCUGUGACGUUAAUCAGGUUGCUGGUUAGCUGCCCUCUACAGGGAGACUGUGAGAAGGCCUUCUGGUUUACUGCUCCUCAGAUGAUCACUGCUUUAGUUUUUUUGAUCAAGGAGGCAAGCAAGGAGCUUGCUUUGACAUCUCUCCUCACUGUCCCUGCCCUAGAGACACUGACUGUUCUACUGCAGCAAGGGGAGGGAAUCCUCAGUAAUCCACACCAUGUGACACUGACUUUCAGUGCUCUCCUGUCUGUACCAUUGGACCGCAUACCAGUCGAGGACUACUACAGUGUAUUUCAUGCCACCCAUGAGGUCCUGUUCUCUGUAAUACAGUGUCACCCAAAAGUGAUGCUGAAGGCUGCUCCAUCCUUUUUGAACUGUUUCUACCGUCUGGUAGUUUGCGUUAUGCAUCAAGGACGGCAGAAAGGAGACGGAGAAAAAGGGUCCACAGCAGAGUUUGAAGUCAUUUUGAAGUGUGCACAAUUGGCGGAGAGGAUGUACACGCACAUUGCUUCCAAAACUGAAGAGUUCACUGUGUUUUCAUCCUUCAUUGUAGCACAAUAUGUGAACGAGCUUCAAAAGGUGACAUUGCACCCUGAAGUAAAGAAGCAUCUAACAGAGGGAAUGUACCAGAUCCUUGACCUUUGCAUCGAACAAGAUAUCAAGUUUUUGAAUACAUCUCUCCAAAUGGGAGUAAAGGAGGUCUUCAAGGAGCUUUACAGCAAUUACACUCGUUACCACAAGAGUCAGAGACAGGGAGAAGAGAAAUAUACUGCCUGAGUCCUUUUACUUUUUUCAUGAUCCUUGCCACAAAGCCAGUGGCUCAUUUUUGAUAUCCAAAGUGUGGGAAACAUAGUACAGAAUACAGGAAUUUUACAUAGAGCCUAGCAGACACAUUUAACACUUUAAGCUAGCAUAUGUAUAUAACUCAUUGUGUUGCUGUCUCAGAGUCAAAACUACACAUGUAAAAUAGAUACUUCUUAUUGAGGUUAUUGGUGUAAUGGCGACACUGGUAGCUAUUGAAUUUGUCUACAUAAACAGUAACAUAGCUUAUUAGUAAGAUUUUCCUUGAAACCUGUCAAACUAAUACUUUUUUGAUUGUUUACAUCCAUGGUUUUCCAUACUGGAUUCUUGCCAAAAAAUGUCCUUGACCUCCACAAAAGAUAAUGGUUUCCAAUGGCUAAUUUUAUGUGAAGUCUGUGCUUCAAGAGAAUGUAAUCUUGGUGGAUAUGUAAGCUUCUUGUUCCAUAUUAAACACCUCAAUAUCACAAGAAAUUGAUAUGCUUUCCAGUUGAAUGAAAUACAGUACUAUUAUUAUUUGUUUAAGUCCAGGCCUGGAAAGAGUUUAUAUGGACCCGCCCUGCCCCGCCCCGCCCCUUUAACUCCUUUGCUGUCAUUAACAAACCAACAAAAGACUACUAAGUUAGGCAAAAGACAGUUUCAAAGAAAAUGGCCAAAAGCUCCGCAUCACCUAAAAUUUUAGGAUUUAAACAUAAUUUAAUAAAAAAAAAACUAUAUGAACGUAAUUUAGGUAUUUUAUUUAACAUCAUGUAAUCAAGGAAACUACAAAGUAAGCCAUAAUAGUUGUACAGUAUUUCAUGUUUGAAAUGUCACAUUUUUCAAUUUGUCAGGUUUUUUGUUAAUGUAACAUUCAUCAGGUUUCAUUCGACUGUGAAUCAAAAUGUGUUCAUUCUAUAUGGUGAUGUAAAAUGUUUGGCCAUAGCUGUAGUAUGGCACAAAAAUAUUAAUGCUGCUACCUGAUGGUGACUCUGCUGAGAAAUCUGAAAACUGGAGGGUCUGUAUUCUUGUUUAAAGAAAUUAACAUUAUUUCAACCCUGAUGUGUUAUUCAAAUCAUGAAUCUAAUUUAAUCAACUUCUAAAUCCAUUUUAAAAUAUAAACAUCAAAUGAGAUGAAAAAAUAAGAGAUAUGAUGUAAUGCUAUGGAAUUUGUUUGUGUACACUCCCCUCUUCUUUUAAAAUGCCCGUUUUGCCAAAUCAUGUUUCACUCCAAAACAAAAUCAGAUUACGCAGUGGAAAAAUUUGUUUAUUGUGACAUGACUGAUAAUGAAAAGCGUAUGGGAGUUUGCAUUUGCAGUGGGAACAGAAUUAAUCAAAUCUGUAAUGAGAAGAUGGACACACUUCCUUUUUACGGGACCAUGAAAAAUCUCAACUGUUGGCCUGUUGUGUCUAUAGAAACCGAGGUCUUUAACUUAUUCAUUUUAUAUGUGUUUGUUGGUCCUGGGAUCACUACAUGUGGAACACAUGUGUAUAGACAAUAUGUGGGUUUUAUGUUAUUUGUUUUGUAUUUGUGUUGUAAGCUCCAUAUUUGGCAAAUAAAGUGUUUAGCAUACGGCC